GGGAAAUCAACACCAAGGAAUGAAACAAAAGAUAGUUCUAGGACUGAAAAAUUAAGAACAAAGUCAGCUAAAUUAAGCUAUAGAAGUUUGAAAUCUGCUACCUCUGCUGGGGGGAAACAUUCAAACAAAGAAAACGUGACAACACCUCGACAGCAAGACUUUAAACAGUUUAUGUCCGAGACAAGGGAUGAUGUGUCAUCCAUGCAUGGUGUAGGUGACAGCAUGAACCCUCCUAGUGAACCUGCGUCAAGUCGGUUGUCAGUUUUUGGCAAUGAUUUUCUCACUAAUCGUUUUAUGAUGGAUUUACCAUCCAGUAAACUAAGUUGGCAUUUGGAUACACCAAUGGGGAAGUCUGGGACAGAUAUGGCUAACUCCCCUACAGAAUGGGAUGGUCCUGAUAUAGAGUUACAGCGUAUUGGAGAAAGUUCACUAAGCAGACCAACCUUUGAUGAACAAUUUCAUGCCAGCCAUCCAUCAGUUCCAAACUCAAGUCCUCAGGCCGGAAGUCCACGGAGCAUUGGUUCUGGUGAUAGUGACGGUAAUGCUAGUUCGGGCGUAGAUGUUGGUUCAGCAGACAUGAUGGACUUUCACAGUGAUGUUAGACGUCGUCUGUCACAUGGUGUAAACACAUCAACCGGUACAGGCGUGCAGGGAAUGUCCGAUGACCAGAGUUUCACAGGAGGUUAUGGUUUACCCCGUAAGAUGGUACAUUCUAUCGCUAGUCUUGUUAAUCCUCAUGCCAAGUUAGCCGAGUCUGAAGCUAUCAAGAUGGAACACGAAUAUAAGAGAGAUCUUAUUAGAGAACAGAUGUCAGCCACUCCAUAUAAAUCUAACAGCAGAAUUAAUUCAAGUAAAAGAGGUCCAGACUUGAGUGCUCAUAUUCCAGUUUUACGUACAGUUAGUGUGUCUAAUAAUAGAGAAGAUAAUGUAUCAGUCUUCAACAGUUUCCGACAUGAUCAUCUUUAUGGUCAGGAAAUACUUAGUCCUCACAGGCCAUAUUUUCCGACGCCUCAAACCACCCAGGUGUUUCCCUCUAUAAAACCAGGUAGACUUAACUUUGUUGGUCGCAGUGGUACUGCUCUAGAUGUGCGGUAUAGUGCACACCCACAGGGUGAUCAACCCGAACAGCACACCAAAAGUGUAAUCCAGCUGUAUGGAAUGAUGAACAAUGGCGGGUUACAACCCCAUGAACAUAGCUGUCCUGCCGGAGCAAAGCAAAGUGAGUCCCUUAUUCACCACCAAACAUUAGAAGAAUUUUACCAGACUGCAGACAACUUCUCCCCAUCUCAUACUUCAUCAUUCCGCAAUAGUGCACGUAUACAGUCAGCCCCGCCACCAAGGGUGAAAAGUUCAAAACCGGUACCAAGUGGUGCAAAGACUGCCAUGCCUAGAAGGCAAUCUUCUGGUAAAAAUCAAUCCACAGCCAAGCUGGGAAAAUCUCUUCUGGACUUUAAAGAUGAGAAGACAUUAGGAGAUGAUGAAGAAGAUGAGAUAUUGUAUAGUUCAGCUAAUGACAGACCAAAGUCAGCUGUUAAACUAGAGGCUGUUGUUAACAUGAUAGAUCAGGUCAAAGAUGAGAUGAACUUCUUCAGAGAAAAGCUUGCACCAGCUCCUAUGUCAGGAUUUAGACAGCCAGCAAGUACCAGUGUUUCAAAUAAACCUCUGUCCAGACCCACCUCUACAGCAAGUCAUAGAAGUAGGCCAAGGUCAUCACAGGUCAGGCCAAGGUCACCCAGUCCAGAAGGUCGACCAAGUACUCCACAAGAGGUAGAUGAGAUAUUGAUGGGUGAGCCUGAGGUACCGGGAGAUUCAUUCCGAACUCUCUCUCUACCACUCAACAGACCACACUCUGCCAGUGUUAAUAAAGCAGUAGACUGGAGGGGUAAAGUUACACCAGAGAGUGCUAGAAUUAGGUCAAAAACAAGGUUUGGUGGUCAUAGCUAUGUACAGAAGUUAAAACCCUCCCUGAGAACAGCAGGGGCGUCCAGUGCUGGGAAACGCCCAAAAACUGCACCCAUUUCUAUGAAAGAGAGAUGGCAUUCUAAAGAGAAGGAAUGUGAGAAGAAUGAGAGAGUAUCAUCCCAGGCAGCUAGUAACACAAUGACUCAGGUAGAUGACCAAGAUAUGGACAGAAUAAUGAGCAUACAACAUCUACUAGGUAGCAGUGAUUCUAGGUAUGGCUCCAUGGGAUCACUAUUCUUGGAUGAAGAUUUUCUACGUUCAAUGAAUUCCCGGUAUUCAACGGGCACAUCCAUGAGUCACCUGACGUCUGCUUCACAAAGUAAAGAAUACUUGUCAUUUGUUGCUCCAAAAACACCAAGACAAUCUCCAAUAGAUGCCAGAUCAUACAGUAAACAAAGUGUGAGGAAACCUGAUUUUAUAAAUCAAAUACCAGAGGAGUUAAGUGAAAAGGGAGAAGAGGUACAAUACGACGACAGCACAGUUGGUGUGGAACCUUUACAACUUGCUCAACAUGAUAAUGAGGACAUAGAAAACAAAGAUCAAGUUUCUCCUCAAACAUUACAAGAACCUGUUGGUAUCAAUGGUGAUUUACCUGAACAUGAGGUGAAGGCCAUAGAAACAGGGUCAAGGUCAGAGGAACGAUCUGAAUCAGAUAGCAAAGCUGAAGAUCAGUUUGCGUCAGCUGGUGUGACUGAGGUCAAGGUCACAGAAAUACCAAAGAAGUCUGUUGAGCCAGGAAGAGAAGUUGUUGUUGAGAGUAAGGCUGACGGAGAUGUUCAUAUAGAAGUGACAGCAGUGCCAGCAGUAGGUAGACCACGUACGCCACCUGGUGUGGGAGCUGUAGAGGCAUUAACUGAAUCAGAAACGUGGCAUUUCCAACCUCAGACAGAACAAGAUAUAACUGAUACCGGUAAUAAUAAAGAUACUGAUUUAAAUAUUCCACAUAGUGACCAUCAUCAUCAAAACCACUCCCCUAGACAUGACAUACCAAGACAAAUAAGUUCUGCAAAAUCUAUCGUGAGACCAGAAAAUUAUUGUUUCAAUUGUAUUCCUGACAAUAUGAGUACCAAGGUUGGCCGCUCAGCCGGGCGAAUGCCUGGAGCAGUCCAAAGUCCUGCUGGUCAGGUUUUGAGAAUGGCUCGAAGACAGAACGAGUAUUUCAAGAAAGCACCACCUGUGAGGACUCCACCGUCUAUACCAAGUUCACAUCACAUGCAUUCAGCACGGUCACCUAGACAUGGUCAGCAGUAUAGUACUGAGCUGGAACAUCAUGCUAGGAAAGUUAACAGUCCCAGACAUUUCAUGGAACAAGAAAGCCCAAGAAAGUCUCGUCCAGAAAGUGGGAGAUUAGUUAAGGGUAUAACACUUGUUGAGUUGAGGAAGGACAACUGUAGGUCAGCUCCUCCUGGGUCAUGUCCUGAUUCUAAUGGUAUUAAUGAUUCACUGUCGAUUGUCAGUCUACGUACACCAUCCCGAGCUCACACUGCACCAACCGUACAUUCACAGAGAAACAAUGAUACAUUAGGAACAUUACCAGCACAUAUAGAGGAGGCAGGUAUGGAUGAUGGAAGUACUGACACUGAUACACCUGAAGUUAUAUAUGCUAGACCUUUUGUGUUAGUCAGAGGAAAAACUGACCUCAGCCAGCAGUCAUUAGCUCAUAUAGGUAGACCUAUACCCCAGGUGUCACGCAUACCUGAUCCUGUUGAGUUUGCCGAGGCUGUAACGAAGCAAAAGGAGGCGAAGGCGGCUGUAGAUAUACAGCGUAUAUUCCGAGGUUAUGUGUGUCGUAACUCAUAUAGAAAGUUGUUGUGGGAUAAUAGAAAAGAUAUGGAAGACAAGCAGAUAGCUUUACAGGAAAGUCAAAGGGAGUACAAGAAACAUCAGGGAAGGAAGGCUAAGAUUUACAACAGACCACCACUGGACCCUCAACUUCUACAGUGGGCUAAAGAUUUUAAAAAGAUUCAGGUAGAAUACAAAGGAAAAAGACAAGUUAAAGUAGAUGCCAUGGCACAAGAAAUGCUAGCCAAUCAACAGAAAGCAAAGUCGAAGAUUGAAGUCAUAGGUCCUCAUGUGGAAAUAUACGACAUAUAUCAUCCAAAAGAGAGUGGUCCAUCUAAAAGAGAAAUGCACAAAGCAGCUGUAGUGAUGCAGAAAAAUGUGCGAGGAUUCUUGGUCAGGAGGAGAUUUGAGAAACUACGCAGAAAGGCAACAUUCUGUGGUAGUACCUGGGAGAAGAUGGUAAAAGAUUACAAAAAUCUUCUUGUCAGAGUACAAAGGUGGCAUGGUGUUGAUAAACCUGUCACACCAUUCUCUCUACAAGAAAUGCAUGAAUACAUGGACCUGCGCAGACGAUUUGAAAGUCAGUUUGAUAAGAAGGCAUUUGGUUCGGAGAUGGAGCAGUCUGAACUGGAAGCAUUUUUCAGAGAAUGUGACUUGUACCCAUCACGGACAGAGAUAGAGGAAGGUCUUGAUGUCACUACUAAAGGUCAAUCAUUAAAGAAAGGAAAUGGGUUGAAGAAACACGAGGCAAUGAACUUGUUAUUUUAUAUCUAUGUUCCCAAGGCAACAGGAUUAACUGACACUAGACAGUCAACCUGGAUGAAUCCCAUUAUAAAUGGUGUUGAAGCAAAGAAAUUGAUAGGAAGUGAAUUUGUUGAAGGGGCACCUUUAAAACCAUGUGCAGAGCUUGUGAUUAAUUCACGUAAGGAGAGAAGAAUGAGGGCUGAACAAGAGAAAGAGAGACUUGAAGAGGAAGAAAGAAAAGUUAAAGGAGAGAAAGUGGACGGGGAUUCUGAUAGUGAUAGAAAAAAGUCCACAGAGAAAGGUGGAGGUGGUGUCAGUAAAAGUCUGACUGCUGGAACAAAAACAGCAUUAAAGAAGAGAAAAUAAAGAUAUAAAGAAAGUGAUAAAUUCCUACUGUAGUGGAGCAAGUGACAAAUUCCUACUGUAGUGGCUACAUCAGUUAAGAAUUGUGCUAAGUAGAUAUAAAUCAGGGUGAUAAUGUACCGGUAGCUAAAGGACUACUGAAGACUGGGAACAGUAAUAUAUCAUAGCUGUCCAGAAUAUUUAGCUAGGUAUGUUUGCUUGGAGGUAGCAUUUUUUGUUUUUAUUUAUAAUGCAUUUACAGGGACAGAUCCUGUCAAAUGUAUAGCUAUAUGCUAAAUUAGUAAUUUGUUUUGUUGUGACAUAAUUUAAAGAUGUUACAAGAAUAUUUUUCUCUUGUUCCUGGGAAGAUAUUUUUUUUCCUUUAAAAACUUAUUAAAUCAACUAAUGAUGUGAGCAGAAAACUGCUCACAAGUUUCUUAUUUAACUUAUCAUUUAAACUGAAGAAAACUUACAAAAAUACAAAUUUUGUAAAGAAGGAUUUAUGCAAAUUUAAAAUUAAUAAUAGUUAUCAUAUUAAUAUAUUUCUCAAAAGUUAUAAUACUGCACAACUAGACUGAUAAUUUUCAUCAGACCAUAUUGACAGUCAUGUUAUAGGGAUACAACAGCAAAUGCAAAAAUUAUUUUUUUAUUUCAAUCAGACUGACUUGGGUUAUUACAGAAUACAACUGUUAUAUGAUAUAAUGUUAUACAAGUUAAAUGUUAUACAAGUUGAAUGUUAUACAAGUUAUAUGUUAUACAAGGUAAUACUGCUGAUAAAUGUACAAGGGUAUAUACGAAUGUUUAUUUUUAGAUUAUACUGUAUUGUCCUAUAUUUUAUUGUUUUUUUUUAUGCACAAAUAUUUAUUUCACAUUUUUAUGGGUGCUAUAGUUAAUGGCAGUUUUCAAUCAGUAUUGAAUGUUUCACAGUUUUUGUUAGUAGAUAUACUAUAUACUGUAGUGCCUGUUGUCAUUGUACUAGGCUAGUAUGUCACAUUCAUUUUAUUAUAAUUAUUGAUAUACUAACAUAUCUUAUUUUCAUUUCAUGUAGUACCAUGUCAAACUAUUAAAGUAAUGAUAUAAUCAUUCAAAUUGGUAUGUGUAUUUGUCAGGUGUUUUAUUAUGAUCUAUUUAUAUAUCUAAAAAGUCAGGAUAUUGUUCUUGUUCUUGCAUUUUUGUUGUUGAAAAACUCCUACUUUUAUUUUUCAAUGUUGUAAUGUUUAAGAUUGCUCUUUAAAUCCACUAAUCCAGUAAAAAUAUACUUCCUCCUAAUCUGUCAAACAGCUUUUCAAAUUUUUUUUGCUUAGUUAUCAAAGUAGUUGAAUAUGUAUUGGAAGUCACAUGUGAAUAAGUUAUUAUACUCAAAGCUAAUUAUCAGUUUUAAUGAAAAACUGAAGUUAAGUUUAAAAUCAAACUUGACAGUUGUAUUGUAUUCUUUAACGUUAAAUAUAAAGGCUGAACAAAAGUUUUCAAUAUUCUGGAAAGAACUAAUCCUUUGUCUUUGAUACUGAAUUUAAGAAUCUUAUGUAAAUGGACACUUUUUAGCAGGUGUUAAGCUUAUAAAAUAUUGCUUUUUGAUACACAAAAUGUGGUUAAGUAUUGUCUGAGCUGAAUAACUCUAAUUGGUAGACCAGGAAGUUUAAUUUAUAUUUUUGUAUUGGAAUCAUACAUGAAAUAUAACUCUGAUUCAGCUUUUAUAUUUAAUUACAUGUAUUUAUACCAGUGAUAUGCAUAUAGAUUUUAUGAAUAAUUGUUAGAUCUGUGAUUUAUUAGAACUGUGAUACUCAUAUAUAUUAUGUUGUAGAUUCUUUAUGUUAUAUAACAUAUGAUAAAAUGCUACUUGUUUUCUUGCAAAAUAAAAUGAAAUAAAG